AAUCCUCCCCACUCAAUUUUGGCCACCAAGAGUGUGGAGGUGAUCUGGGAGGUGGUCCCAGGAGGCCGGAGUGGUCAGUCGUGCUGGGAGCUGGUGCCAGCAGCGUCGCCCACCACCACCACACUGAUGGCCAACGCUCUCCUCACAGACCUCCUCAGGUCCAAAACCUGCCAGCAGUCAUGGAAUCAACACCUGCUGGCGUCGGUGAGCGAGGGGGGACAGGUGCCGUCCAGCAGCACCAGUGACGGGUCCCUGGUGAUGACGGGGGCCCCGGACCCCAUCACCUACACCUGGGACGCCGUCAACGUCUUCAUCAGCGCCGGGGUGCUGCCUCGCAGGUGUCAGGGGCCUCCUACAUCCUCCACCAGUCGCAACGCCGCCUCACAAGUCCACAUCCUCAAGAAUGUGACCGGGAUCUGCCGCCCCGGGGAGCUGCUGGCCAUCAUGGGGGCGUCGGGGGCCGGCAAGACGACGCUCCUCAACGUCCUCACGCACCGCAACAACGACAAGCUGCGCGUCACCGGCGACAUAUUCGUCAACGGGUCUCGUGUUGACCCCGAGGACCUCACCAGCCGCUCCGCUUACGUCCAGCAGGACGACCUCUUCGUCGGCACCCUCACUGUGAGGGAGCAACUCAUCUUCCAGGUGUGUCCACCCACCUCUGCUACACUACAGGCACUGCUGCGCAUGGACUACCAGCUGUCGUACGACGAGCGAGUCAGGCGGGUGAACCAAGUCAUCAUGGAGCUGGGCCUGACCAAGUGUGAGAACACAUACAUCGGCUUCUCCGAGAGCAAGAGAAUAUCUGGCGGGGAGAAGAAGAGACUCAGCUUCGCCUGUGAGGUGCUGACCAACCCGUCACUCAUGUUCUGCGACGAGCCCACCUCCGGCCUCGACUCCUUCAUGGCCCAGAACGUGGUUGCCAUGAUGAAGAACAUGGCUGAGCGAGGCAAGACCAUCAUCUCCACCAUCCACCAGCCCAGCUCCGAGGUCUACGCCAUGUUCGACCGCGUCUUGUUGAUGGCGGAGGGCCGCGUCGCCUUCCUUGGCAGCACUGACGAGGCUCUCAAGUUCUUCAACAAUUUGAAUCUGAGGUGUCCUGAGCAGUUCAAUCCCUCGGAUUUCUUCAUUGACCAACUGUCUGUGGAGCCUGGCAAGGUGUCGUCCUCACAGAGGAGGAUAGCCAUGAUCUGCGACGUCUUCGACGCCAGCGAACUAUGCCUGGCCAUGACCCAGGACGUCCUCAACAACCACACGCCUCACAUACAGGAUUCCAGCACCCGCACCGAGCCCAAGGACACCUCGCCCUACAAAGCAUCGUGGUGCGCCCAGUUCCAGGCUCUGGUGUGGCGAGCUUGGCUUGAGGUUCUGCGGGAACCACACCUCGUCAGAAUCCGUUUUUUCCAGCUCAUGGCCCUGGCGGUGCUGAUAGGAGUGCUGUAUCUUGGUCAGAAGAUGAAUGAAAUUGGUGUCUUCAACAUCAACGGCGUUCUCUUCCUUAUAAUCAUCAACAUGACCUUCCAGAACGUCACCACUGUCGUCAAUACCUUCUGCUCGCAGAAGGAACUCUUCCUGAGGGAGCACUACAAUGGCAUGUACCGCGUCGACGUCUACUUCUUGGCCAAAAACUUGGUGCAGAUUCCCUUCUUCACCCUCUACGCCUUCUUCUAUACGGCCAUCAUCUACUUCCCCAUCGGUCUCAACCCAAGUCUCGAGCGGUUCCUCCUGUGUUCCCUGGUCACGGUCCUCGUCUCCUGGUGCACUGUCUCCUUCGGUUACCUGUUGUCCUGCGUCUCCACCAGCGUCAACAUGGGCCUCACUCUCCUGGGCCCCACCACCCUCCCACUGAUGAUCUUCAGCGGCUUCUUCAUCAACAUCAGAUCAACGCCGUGGCCGCUGAAGGCCUUCGAGUACCUGUCGUGGUUCAGCUUGGGCAACGAGCUGCUGGUGGUGAACCAGUGGGACGGGGUACACAACCUCACCUGCACGGGGGUCAAGACCUGCUUCGCGGACGGCGAAGCAGUCAUCAAGCGCCUUGGCUUCUCCCAAGAUAAUUUGGUCUUCGACUUCGCCUUGCUCAUCGGUCUCACUGUGGGCUACAGGGCGCUGGCCUUUGGCGUGCUCCUGAUGCGCACCUACAGGAGCAAGCCCCGCUGCCGGGCCGUCCCCAUGACGCCUGACGCGGCCCAGGGGGACAUCACAAAGGUGUUGGUGGCCAUGAGUGACCUGAGUAGUGACCUGGACAGCGAUGACACACUCAAGCGCCGCCACCGUCACCGCUCGCUGCCGACGGAGGCGUUUGGCAUGGCCGGCAACCCUAACCCCCUGGGUGUUCCCUUCUUCAGGAACCUGCCGACGAUGGCGCUGGAGCAGCAGGACGAGCGGUCCUCCCUGCUCGGCUCCGAGCGGUACAUCUUCCACUCCUCCGGCUCCAACACCUACUCCAGCGACCCCCUUGAGCAUGAGGACGACCGACUGGGGCUAGCCAAGCACUCGGGGCUCGGGUACGGGACGUGGAAGACCAGCGAGGAGGGCAUCACCCUCACCUGGCGGGACCUGAGCGUGUACGUCCCGCAGAGGAAGACCUGGUUCAGGCCCACCAGACACCACCGUCCCUUCAAGCGCGUCCUCAAUAACGUGUCCGGCGCCGUCCGUCCUGGGAGCCUAGUAGCCCUAAUGGGCUCCAGCGGAGCAGGCAAGUCGACGCUGAUGAACGCCCUGGCCCACCGCACUCCUGGCGGCGUCAUCGUCGACGGCGACAUCCUGGUCAACAGCCGUCGGGUGACGCGCUCCAUGACCUCCCUGGCCGGCUAUGUCCACCAGGAUGACCUCUUCGUGGGCUCACUCACCGUCAAGGAGCACCUCACCUUCAUGACGCGGCUGAGGAUGGACAAGCGGCGGACCAACAAGCAGCGGCUGGCGCGGGUAAUGGAGCUCAUGAUGGAGCUGGGGCUGCUCAAGUCCCAGAACACCCGUAUAGGCGUCCCCGGCCACGACAAGUCCCUCUCUGGUGGAGAGCGCAAGAGACUAGCCUUCGCCACAGAGAUCCUGACGGACCCGCCGCUGCUGUUCUGCGACGAGCCCACCACGGGGCUGGACUCGUACAACGCCAGGAAGCUGGUGAGGAUCAUGAAGGACAUGGCCACCCGCGGCAAGACCAUCCUCUGCACCAUCCACCAGCCCUCCUCGGAGGUCUUCGCCAUGUUCGACAAGCUCCUCCUGCUGGCGGAGGGUCGCGUCGCCUACAUGGGGUCUUCCUCAGGCGCCCUCGAGUUCCUUGACAGUCUGGGCCACAGGUGCCCUGCCACCUUCAACCCCGCCGACUACUACAUCCACACCCUGGCCGUGCUCCCGGGCCACGAGCACCGCUCCAGGGAACGCAUCAAGCGGAUCUGCGACAACUUCGCGGUGUCGGCUUACUGUAAGGACAUUGACAUCACCAUACAGUACCAGGACAACAUGAACAUCUCCCAGUCGGACUCUGGCGGCAGUUACCAAGAUGACGCCUUCUUUAGAAACAUUCCACAGAAGCCUGGCUGGCUGGUGCAGCUGUGGUGGCUCACCUGGCGCUCUCUCGUCGACUCCUAUAGGAACCCAGCCAUCCACUCCAUCAGGAUACUCCAGAAGAUUCUGAUUGCAUUCCUGGUGGGAAUUUGCUACACGAACGUCAAACUCAACCAGGCUGGCAUCCAGGACAUCGAAGGUGUGCUCUUCAUCUUCAUCACCGAGAACACCUUCCCUUCCCUCUACGGCGUCCUCAACAUCUUCCCGCACGAGAUGCCUCUCUUCCUCCGGGAGUACAAGAACGGCAUAUACCGGGCUGAUACUUACUAUCUCUCCAAGAUGAUCGGCCUUAUCCCUGGCUUCAUCGUGGACCCGGUGGUGUUCUGCCUCAUCUGCUAUUGGAUGGUGGGCCUCCAGCGACACGCCUACCACUUCUUCAUGACAAUCCUCGUCACCAUCUUCACAGCCAACACUGCCUCAGCCUGUGGUUCGAUGUUCUCCGCCAUGUUUGAGAGCAUCCCCUACAUCAUGUUGUUCCUCAUACCCUUUGAUGUGGUUCUCCUCAUCUCCGGAGGUCUCUUCAUCAAUCUCUCAUCAAUGCCUUGGUUCAUCGGGUGGGUGAGAUACAUCUCCUGGUUCAUGUACAGCAACGAGGCUCUCACCAUCACCCAAUGGUCCGACAUCAAAAAUAUAACGUGCGAGAUGCCCCCAGGAGUGCCCUGUAUCAGCACGGGUCAACAGGUCAUUCAAGAAUACUCGUUCGACUCCACCCACCUCUCCUACGACUUUGGCCUCCUGACGCUCCUCUACGUCAGCUUCCAUGUGCUCGGCUUCAUUGGCCUCUACAUGAGAGCAAGGAAAAAAUAGAACAUGCAACGCUUACUAGGAUUUUUUUUCCUUUUUUAAGAUCUAUGUAAAGAUAUGCUCAAUGUUAAUAGUUUGCUUUUAAAGAGAUUUAUAGAUGUCGUGCCUACUAUAAGUAGAAGAUUUCUCAAACUGAAUUGUGUAUACACACAGAAAUCACAAUAGCAUGAUGCAUCAAAUGAACAAAUCCACAAGGGCCGUGAUGACGGUUCAAACUUACGCCCGGGAUGAUCCCAGGCGCUGCCUUAGUCGACUAGGCCACGGCAUGGUCAAAAGAAUUGCAACCGGGAAUUCCACUGACUUCACACAGAUCCUGCAGCCUCUCCGAGACACAAACCCGGGGUUUUACACAAUUCCCCCCGUGCACUCUGGCUCUGCCAACAAGCUGUUCCACCUCUUCGCCCUCACUUCAAUACACACCCCUCAUCACGGCCCUGGUGGAUUUGUUAAAUUGAGUAUAAAUAUUGUAUUGUGUUGAACAAUAAAUAUAUUCUCUUCUGCUCUCUACUUGACAUUUUAUAUAUAUAUGCUAUUUUUUUCAGUAUCUUUAUAUUGUAGUCAUAUUUUAAAUAAAAAAACAAUAUGACUUAUAA